AUGUACCAGAGCCUGGCCAUGGCCGCCAACCACGGGCCCCCUCCCGGGCCCUACGAGGCGGGCGGCCCGGGUGCCUUCAUGCACGGCGCGGGCGCCGCGUCCUCGCCUGUCUACGUGCCCACGCCGCGGGUGCCCUCCUCGGUGCUCGGCCUGUCCUACCUCCAGGGCGGAGGCGGGGGCGCGGCCUCCGGGGCCGCCUCGGGCGGCAGCUCGGGAGCCGCGCCGUCGGGCGCGGGGCCCGGGACGCAGCAGGGCAGCCCAGGCUGGAGCCAGGCGGGAGCCGAGGGAGCCGCCUACACCCCGCCGCCCGUGUCGCCGCGCUUCUCCUUCCCGGGCACCACUGGGUCCCUGGCCGCCGCCGCCGCCGCCGCCGCGGCCCGGGAAGCCGCGGCCUACAGCAGUGGCGGCGGGGCUGCCGGCGCGGGCCUGGCGGGCCGCGAGCAGUACGGGCGAGCCGGCUUCGCGGGCUCCUACUCCAGCCCCUACCCCGCCUACAUGGCCGACGUGGGCGCGUCCUGGGCCGCGGCCGCCGCCGCCUCCGCCGGACCCUUCGACAGCCCGGUCCUGCACAGCCUGCCCGGCCGAGCCAACCCCGCCGCGCGACACCCCAAUCUCGUAGAUAUGUUUGAUGACUUCUCGGAAGGCAGAGAGUGUGUCAACUGUGGGGCCAUGUCCACCCCUCUGUGGCGGCGGGACGGGACAGGACACUACCUGUGCAACGCCUGCGGCCUCUACCACAAGAUGAACGGCAUCAACCGGCCCCUCAUCAAGCCCCAGCGCCGCCUGUCUGCCUCGCGCCGAGUGGGCCUCUCCUGCGCCAACUGCCAGACCACCACCACCACGCUGUGGCGCCGCAACGCCGAGGGCGAGCCAGUGUGUAAUGCCUGCGGCCUCUACAUGAAGCUCCAUGGCGUGCCCAGGCCUCUUGCAAUGCGGAAAGAGGGGAUUCAAACCAGAAAACGGAAGCCCAAGAACCUUAACAAAUCAAAGACACCAGCAGGUCCCUCCGGCAGUGAGAGCCUCCCUCCCACCACCAGCGCUUCCAGCAGCUCCAGCAGUGUGGCCGCCAGCAGCAGUGAGGAGAUGCGCCCCAUCAAAACAGAGCCCGGGCUGUCAUCCCACUACGGGCCCAGCAGCUCCCUGUCGCAGACGUUCUCGGUCAGUGCGAUGUCUGGCCAUGGGUCCUCCAUCCACCCGGUCCUCUCCGCUCUGAAGCUCUCCCCGCAAGGCUACGCGUCCUCUGUCAGCCAGUCACCACAGGCCAGCUCCAAGCAGGACCCUUGGAACAGCCUGGCCUUGGCUGACAGUCAUGGGGACAUAAUCACUGCAUAA